GACAACAUAGGAAAUGUCACUCAUUUAGUCAAAACAGUGCAUUGCAAACUACCAUACCAUGAUCUCACGUUUCUUAAAAAUGUAAACGCGGGAGUUUAAAGUAUGACUCAUCUUUUGGGCCGCCAGGACUGUGUUGACAGUCUUCGUAGAGAUUUAAUUGAUCUUCAGGGUGCCGUUCUGGACGUUUUCUCUCGAACAGGACCUGUCAGAUGUUCAUCCUGGAAAUUCCCAGAUAAACAAUCUUGUAAUCUGGAUCUUGUUUUGCUGUUGGAAAAAUAUGACUUUGUUGAGGGAGAAGAAGAAUUCAACCAGCACACUCACAUCGUUUUGCUGGAGCUGGUGAUCGACAGACUGAUGCUUCUGCUGCAAAGCUUCAGCGCACACAUUGACCUCAUUUUGGUGGGUAAAAGGGGAAAGCCAGGCCCCAGUCAGACCGCUCCAUCCGUGUCCAUUGGUCCAGUGGUGAAGAACUUCUGGAGUAAUCUAGUGCAACUGGGAAAACAGUAUCCCCGGCAGAGUGUGUUCAAAACCAGUCCAGCAGACAGAGGUGCUGAGAGCCACUCCCACAGCACCCCCUCCCUCCAACCCAGAGUAGCUCCUGGCGCCAUCACAUCCUCCUCCUCCUCUCACCUCCGCCACUCGCUCCCCCACCUCCUCAGCUCCUCCUCCUCCUCCUCCUCCUCCUCCUCCUCGCACCUCCUCAGCCAAUCAGCAGCUAGCUCUCCCUGCCCCUCCACCAAUCCCAGCAUCUCGUGCGACAGCCACAGCGUGGGUGUCCAGACGUGCGAGGGGUCCCUGGUGCCGUGCGACGCGUGCGCGAGCGUGCAGGCCGCCCUGCGGGAGUCCGGCGCUGCGCUGGUCAGUCUGUGCGGGACGCUCGGCCUGCCCUCCUCCCUGCAGCGCCUCCUGCUGGCGGCCGAGGAGGCCGCGCUCGCCGGACGACUCUCCGCCUCUGACGUGGGCCAGUGGGCGUCCGAGCAGCGCAGGGACGUGGAGCGGCUGGCCAAUCACCAUCAGGAGUCCAGCGCCGCCAUGGCCUCUCUCCAGGAGCAGGUGCGGGCAGCAGAGAAGGAGAGAGGAGCGCUGAGGACACAGAGAGGGCUGAGGGAGGAGAGGAGGAAGGGAGAGGAGGAGGUGAGGAAACUACAGGAGGAGCUGGAGGAACUCAGGAAAGGUGUUGUGUCAUUGGAGUGCAAGAACAAAGAGCUGAACUCUGAACUGAGUUUGCAGAGGGAGGCCCAACGUACACUAGAGUCUGAGAGGGAAGCUCUACAGAAGGAAGUGAGGCGUUUGCAGACACAGGAAGUGACAUGGGCCCAGAGGAGGCAGGACCUGGAGGCAGAACUUAGCAACCUUCGCCUCCUAUUGGACAAGGAAUGUGUCAAGUAUCAAAGUGCAACACGUCAACAUGAGUCUCUACAAAUGAAACAAAGGGCUCUUCUAGAGCGUGUGGAUUCUCUGGUCUUGGAGUGCGAGGAGCUUCAGACUGGACUGGAGGAGAAAGAGGAGCUCACACACACACUCACACACACCUCUGAGGAGAGAGACACACUACAGCAGCAACUCACAACGCAGCAGGAGGAGUGUGGGCGUGUGUGUGCGCUUGUGUGUGAGCUGGAGCGCUGCGUUGAGCACCAGAGGGAGGAGCUACAGCAGGCUGCACACAGAGAGAGGAUGCUGGUGGCCUUCCCUGAACUCACCCCUAUCCACCACCAGGGGGAGCCACAGAGUACCGGUGAUGUUCUAGGGGACAUGGAGCAGCAGCUGCAGGUGAACUGUCUGCGGAUCCGCGUUCUGGAGCAGGAGAACGUCACGCUCACCAGCAGCCUGGACAAGCUGAGGAGAACCAGAGCUGCUGACCAGCCUGACCAGAUGUGGUCUUUGCAGCAUAUGAAUGUGUCUGGCCCAUCUCACGACCCAUCUAAACAUGACCCGUCUCAACAGGACCCGUCUCAGCACUACAGAACUCAACACGAGCAGCAGACGUACCCAGCUAAUGCUGCCCACAGUGCACCUGCAGUGACGCGGUCUCAGGUGGGUGCAGGGGGGGUGGAGUUGGGCUGGCGUGCGGAGGAGGACAUGGGCCCGUGGGAGCCCCCCCCACCCCUCUCCCUGCACCUCCUCUCUCCCUCCUCCCUCUCGUCCUCCUCCUCUCCUCCCUCCGUCCGCCCCCAGCACACGCUCCAGCUGGCCCGCCCCCCGGAGCCCUGCGCCGCAGAACUGACCUUCGCCAAGACCCGCCACAACGCUCGCGCUCACGCUCACGAUCACGCCCGCACCCGCUCCGCAGGCAGCCGACACAAGAGGAAGUGAUGUCACGGCUGUGCAACCAAUGCCAACGAGUCCCGUUUUUUACAAACAGAUCAAAACAUUGGAGAGCAGUUGGAUUUGUGCCCUCUUUCUCU